AUGUCGAUGGUCCGAGGUGCAUUACUGCGUUAUGGCCGUCAAUCAAGGCAAUUCAAAACUAUCAAAAACAACGUCUACAUGCCAUCGUGGCUGACGUGCGAUCUGUGCAAGUUUGGAAUCUCGUUAGUGCAGAACAAACUCCGAACCAACGAGACGACUGAUGCGAUAGCAGACGACGUUGUAAAAAUAUGCAUUGACCUGAAUAUAGAAAGUGUACGUGUUUGCCGAGACGUCGUUAGCGAGUUCAAGGUCCGCGACACUCACUACACAGGGUUACUUGUAUUAUUAUCUAUUUUCUCCAAGGACUGGUUCUGUGCGGUUAUAACAAAUCUGAUAGUCAGUCCGGAUGAGAUGUGUGGUCUGAUGCUUGGUCCUUUGUGUGCAAAACCCUACAACCCUUUCGAUGAGUGGAAUAUUACAUUUCCCGACGUCCCUAAGCCGCCGGUUGUUCCACCCAGUCCUCCUAAGUUAUUUUCUCCCACUCAUCGCGUACUGCAUCUAUCAGACAUACACUACGACAAGCAUUAUAGGGCUGGAAGUAAUGCUAAUUGCGGCGAGCCGAUAUGCUGCAGGAGAGACGAUGGUAGACCAGCUCCCGGUGAUGAUGGUGCUGGAAAAUGGGGUGAUUUAAGGAAUUGUGAUGCGCCAUUGUGGUUACUGGAUAAUCUCUUUCAGCAUCUGUCGUCCAGAGAAAAGUUUCAUUAUGUUUUGUGGACCGGUGAUCUGCCAGCGCAUGAUAUAUGGGAACAGACUAAAGAAGAACAGCUACAAAUUUUACAUAUCAUUACACAGAUGGCGAAAAAGUACUUAGGCAAUGUACCUGUCUUCCCCGCUGUUGGAAAUCACGAAAGUGCGCCUGCCAAUAAUUUUCCGCAGCCCUUUAUAACUGGGAAUCAUUCCAUUGAAUGGCUGUACGAUGCUUUGGCGGAUACAUGGAUCGACCAGACACACUGGUUACCUCCGUACACACGUCACACCAUCAAAAAGGGAGGCUAUUAUACUGUACUUAUAUCACCAGGUCUACGUUUAGUUGCGUUGAAUAGCAUGUAUGGUUACUAUGGCAAUUUUUGGUUGUACCUCAACACCACCGAUCCCGCAGGUCAGUUACAAUGGCUUAUAUCCAUACUUCAGACCGCCGAAGACAACGAGGAGAAAGUUUAUAUUAUUGGUCAUAUUCCACCUGGAAUAGACGACUGUCUCAGACGAUGGAGUUGGAAUUAUUAUAAAAUUAUUAAUAGGUAUGAAAGUACUGUUGUUGGUCAGUUCUUCGGACACACACAUUUCGACCAUUUCCAGAUUUUCUACGAUGAGGAAACCUUGUCGAGACCUCUAAACGUGGCGUACAUUGCUGGAAGUGUCACUACACAGCCAACCAUGCACCCUUCAUACCGAAUAUACGAGACGGAUGGAUUCUACUUAGGAAGCACUAGGAUGGUUUUGAAUCAUCAUACAUAUAUAUUAAACAUAACUGAUGCCAACUUAACCAAUAAACCAGUUUGGAUAAAGGAGUAUUCUGCGAAGGAAGCGUAUGGCAUGAAUUGGUUAUUCCCGAAUGACUGGAAUAGUCUUGUGAAAGAAUUUAAGAAGAAUAAAGAGCUGUUCAAUAAAUACUACACAUAUUAUUACAAGAGCCAUCCUGUCACCGAGUGUGACGAUUUCUGUCGAAAAACGAUGAUAUGCGACAUGCAGAGUGGUCGGUCAUUUGACCCCGAGUUAUGCAAUUUAUAAUGAAACGUACACGGACAAGAAGC